AUGAAUACCUCCAUUCUUGCCAAAUACGAGCAGUUAGCUGCUUCAAGAGCCCCCACGGCCAAGGAAAAGGAUAUAAUUCCCCUCGUCCAAGCCUUCACCGGCACGACUUCCCAAUAUUUGAGAUGGAUCCACUCACCUCAAGAGAAACUCGAAGGAUGCGUAGACUUUUUCAAUGGAUGUAUCGUCAGCCUUGAUAACAUCCAAGAAGCGAACGGGAACACAUCCCUACUUGCUAUCACUCUCAAGAACUAUCACCCGAUGUUUCUUACAGCCCUCGCAUCGUGGGUUUCUAGGCUCUCCCCCUCUGACCCUUUCCCCCCUCCUUGCAAUUGCGAUCAUCAGAAUUCCCUAGUUCGAUUGUGUCAUAUCAAUUCGUUCCUUGACACUCCUGGCUCCCGACGCCCCACAACCACCGUCAUUCUUUCAAAGGUGCUAUUGUGGCUUGGCCUUUGUUUUAACAAUCUCAAACAUUAUCGCCCUGCGUCAUGGCCCAAGUCACCUCAGGAUCUUAUGCCACUAGGUCGUUUGAAAUACCUCAGACACGUUGAGGACUGGCUUCUUGCGUUACCCUGCGAAGAAGCCGGGGUUCUGCUCUCUGUCUUGAGUGGAGCUGCAAAGUUAGAGACCUCAUUGGUCAAGGAUAUCCAUGCUUCAGAGACAAUGGGAAGAACAUUGCUGGAAGUGGGUCAGAAACUCAUACGGAAAUAUUGCACUCUCCGCCAUACCCUUGCCCUCGCAGAGCUUGGAGUGGACGGACUUCAUUUCAUGCUCCAGCAAUUCGAUGUUACCACCGAAGCCUUCGCCAGUGUCCUCUUGCUUCUAGUUCAAAAAUCCCACGACAAACAACUGGGGAAUUUCAUGAAAGGGGUCCACAAUGUUCAAGCAUUAUUCGAAUUGUGCCGAGAACUAGUCGAGCUCACAUGGGUGGUCGUUCGCCACGCCGAUCCCUCUGGAGCGGAAUCUAGGUUGAUCAAUGGGGCGCAUUACACCUUCCUCUUUCUUACGCUCUUUUUUUCCCCAACGUAUGCCCUGCCGACUCUGGACCUUCCCUCCUUGCUGAGUAGCCCGCCCCCUCAUCCAGUGGAGCUUUCUCGGAAGGCUAGGUCUAUCCUCGUGGACCGAAUAACCGAUGAGUUCAUCUGGAAUUAUCUUCUCGGGAGUUUACACGAGUGUUACAUGGCCCGACACUGCUGGGACUCCCAACCCGGGUCCCACCAGCCGACGCCACAAAUACGAUAA